GCGCAUGCGCAAGACCUACUAGUCUCUUUUCCGGUUAGCGCGGCGGGAGAAGCCAUGAGCAGCAAAGUCUCUCGCGACACCCUGUACGAGGCGGUGCGGGAAGUCCUGCACGGGAACCAGCGCAAGCGCCGCAAGUUCCUGGAGACGGUGGAGUUGCAGAUCAGCUUGAAGAACUAUGACCCCCAGAAGGACAAGCGCUUCUCGGGCACCGUCAGGCUUAAGUCCACUCCCCGCCCCAAGUUCUCUGUGUGUGUCCUGGGGGACCAGCAGCACUGUGACGAGGCUAAGGCCGUGGAUAUCCCCCACAUGGACAUCGAGGCGCUGAAAAAACUCAACAAGAAUAAAAAACUGGUCAAGAAGCUGGCCAAGAAGUAUGAUGCGUUUUUGGCCUCAGAGUCUCUGAUCAAGCAGAUUCCACGAAUCCUCGGCCCAGGUCUAAAUAAGGCAGGAAAGUUCCCUUCCCUGCUCACACACAACGAAAACAUGGUGGCCAAAGUGGAUGAGGUGAAGUCCACAAUCAAGUUCCAAAUGAAGAAGGUGUUAUGUCUGGCUGUAGCUGUUGGUCACGUGAAGAUGACAGACGAUGAGCUUGUGUAUAACAUUCACCUGGCUGUCAACUUCUUGGUGUCAUUGCUCAAGAAAAACUGGCAGAAUGUCCGGGCCUUAUAUAUCAAGAGCACCAUGGGCAAGCCCCAGCGCCUAUAUUAAGGCACAUUUGAAUAAAUUAUAUUACCAGUUC